AUGAAAAUCCCGCUCUACUUCGUUCAAACGACGGUGGAAGUGGUUCUUAGGAUUUCCGCCGAGAACGAAAUCUGGUGCGCCUCGAUCGAUGAUGUAUUCCAGUCCGCGGUGUUAUACUGCAACACUGGUCUGCCCUGCGAGUUCCGUCUCUGCAACAGCCACGUCUGCUUACUGGACUCCCGCAGUCAUACCAUCCGCACGGAGAACCACACAGGCAAGUGCCUGAGCGCCACGGGCUCGUCCGGGUGGUACGUGGCAGUGGCUGCGCUUUGUGGACCUUCGCUUCCGGGCGGCACGAAACGCGAGCUAAUGGACGAGGCAUUUGUCCGCUUACGGCCCAACCGACCCGUGAUGAACGGCUACGCGCAGACCCACCACAUCCUGACGACGCACACCGCCGAGCUACCGACGGCGAUCCUCACACCAACCGCAGCGAUGACCAUUGCCUAG